UCCCAGAGACUAACACAACAUUUGGUACACUGGCACAGAAAGUGAAGAUUGUCCUAGAGUCUAACACGACAUUUGGUAUACUGGCACAGACAGUGAAGAUUGUCCUAGAGUCUAACACGACAUGUGGUAUACUGGCACAGACAGUGAAGAUAGUCCUAGACUCUAAAACAACACUCUGGUAUACUGGCACUGACAGUGAAGACAGCCCUAGAGUCCAACACAUCAUUUGGUAUACUGACACAGACAGUGAAGAUAGUCCUAGAGUCCAACACGUCAUUUGGUAUACUGGCACAGAAAGUGAAGAUCGUCCCAGAGACUAA